AUGACUGGUUAUUAUUCGCAGAAAACGACGCACUUUGAUGAUAAUCCACCGCCACCGUCACCAUCAAUUGACGGUCACCGAUAUUACUCGAAAAAUAGAAACACGUUCCGCGAACCGGAUUAUGACACGGUUCACACCUAUCGUGAUGUGCUUACCGAACCAAAACGCGAGGAAGUCAAUUAUAGGAUACCAAGAGCUCGUGAAACCGUAGUUGAACGAGAGUACCCAGUGAAAAGAAUCGACCGUGUAGUGCCCACUACAAUUAUUCGCGAGUACAGUAGAAAUGAUGAGCCGAGUAGUCAAGAUUCCGAAUGGAAAACCACUGAUUCCUAUGUUCGCAAGACAUCUAUUCUAAAAACUGCAAAACGAGAUCAUUUGCCACCGCCACCUCCACCACCUCAACCAUCUCUCCCACCGCAAUACCCGCUUGGAACUUUGCAAUCCACUACUCAGAGAGUCGAAUGGAGAGAACCUCUGGAUUGUCUUAUCGAUAGAAUGAACAAAAUUCGAAGAGGAAUGGCUUGUCCACCAUUAGAACCUUCUGUCCGACUUGCCGAUAUUGCAGCUCAGUGGGCUAGGAUGCUUGCGAUUAGAGGAGAAUUCAGAAGCGAUCGAAACAAGAACAUGAAUAUCUGGAUGGGAUCUCGAGUGAACGACUCUAUCGCCGACACUUGGUGGGAUGAAGCCGAGGAGUACGGUACCCGAAACCAUCUCGAUGAUCAGUCACUAUGUUGGGUUGGUGUCGCUAGCGCAUUCUGCGAGCAUCAUCGUCAGUUCAUUGUGGUGUCUGUAUAUGAAUAA